AUGUCCUCUCCUCUCUCCAAGGAGCUCCGCGGCGAGCACGGAGUCAGGUCGAUCCCUGUUCGCAAGGACGACGAGGUCCUCAUCGUUCGGGGCAAGUACAAGGGACGUGAGGGCAAGGUCACCCAGGUCUACCGCAAGAAGUGGGUCAUCCACGUCGACCGUGUCCACGUUGAGAAGUCCAACGCCGCCACCGCCCCCAUCGGCAUCCACCCCUCCAACGUUGUCAUCACCACCCUUAAGCUCGACAAGGACCGCAAGGCCAUCCUUGAGCGCAAGGGCCGCAAGACCGCGGCUUAA